AAGAGAAAAAUAUUAAUUACGAUUGUUGGAAAUUGCCGCCACUAGAUGUCACAAAAACAACCUUCUAGCCGAUAAGUUAAGACGGUGAAUCAAUGUACUUGUGACUCGUUGAAAGACGAAAAUGGCUGCUUUGAUAUCGAAAAGUAGUUUUCGAAUCGCAAAACGCCAAACGAUAUGCAUGACCAGCUUCGCGAUACACGUAUGUCGAUACUCUGAUGCUCCGAGGAUUAUAAAAAAUGAUAACCCUGCGGCCUUUAAACGGGGAACAGGGGGACGCAGCUCCUUUAAUGGUGUUGUGUGUACUGUUUUUGGUAACACAGGGUUCUUGGGUCGCUAUGUUUGCAAUAAGCUUGGUAAAACAGGCACUCAGAUGAUACUUCCAUACCGUGGGGAUCACUAUGAUUCAAUGAGGUUGAAAGUAACAGGUGACCUCGGUCAGGUGUUGUUUCAUCCUUUCCACCUUAAAGAUGACGACUCAAUCCGAAAAUGUAUAAAAUAUUCUAAUGUUGUAAUAAAUUUAAUUGGUCGAGAUUGGGAGACCAAAAACUUUUCGUUCAACGAUGUCCACGUGGAUGGUGCAAGACGCAUUGCUAGACUCGCCAAAGAGGCGGGAGUAGAAAGAUUGAUUCAUGUGUCUGCUCUAAAUGCAAACCUACAUCCAGAGCCAAUCGUGAGGAAGACUGGUUCCCAGUUCUUCAAAACUAAGGCUGAGGGUGAAAGGGCAGUCAAAGCAGAGUUUCCUGAAGUAACUAUUAUCAGACCCUCAGACAUAUAUGGAGAAGAAGAUCGAUUUUUACGAUAUUAUGCCCAUCGGAAAAGGAGUGCAUUCAAUAGACUACCUCUAUGGAAAAAAGGAGAACAUACAGAAAAACAGCCUGUUGCAGUAUCAGAUGUUGCUGCUGGAAUAGUAGCAGCAGUAAGAGACCCUGCUACCAUUGGAAAGACAUACCAAUGUGUAGGUCCAAAACGUUAUAUUCUGGCUGAUCUCGUGGAUUGGAUGCACCUCCUCAUGAGAAAAGACAAGAAUUGGGGAUAUUCUAGACGGGAUAUGCGUUACGAUCCUUAUUUCCAGGCAAAAGUUUACAUCAACGAACUUAUUAGCCCUGGCUACCCAUUCGGCUACCUACAUUGGGAGGGCAUUGAAAAGGAACACACCAGUGAUAGAGUACUAAAAAGCUUGCCUACAUUGGAGGACCUUGGAAUCGCGCUAACUGACAUGGAAGAUCAAGUUCCUUCUGUACUCAAACUCUAUCACGCAUUUGCUUACUAUCUGCCCGAGGCAGGAGAAUUGACGGAUCCGGGUUCGCCGAAAACAAUUCCACUGCGCUUUGUCAAAAAAUGAGAAAUUUUGAACUUGGUGCGUAAUAAUUGAAAAAAUAUAAAACAAAUGUAGUACCUACAUGAAAAUCUGUCAUACUUAUUUAUUACAGCGUUUUUAGAUGGCAUAUUAUAUAUGCAUUGUAAAAUGACGGUUAGUUUAAUCAAGGAGCUGUGCUGUAUGCCAAUCGAUCAUACACCUGAUAAUUUUCAAUAAAGUAACUAUAUUAUUUACUCAA